GGCGGGGGUGGCCCGGGCUCGGUGUGACUCUCCCCGGCGGUGCCGGUGCCUCCCCCGCGGGAGCUCCGUGACUCUCCCCGGCGGUGCCGGUGCCUCCCCGGCGGGAAGCUCCGUAGCCAUGGCGGCGGACUCGGAGGUGCUGCACUUCCAGUUCGAGCAGCAGGGCGACGCCGUCCUGCAGAAGAUGAACCUCCUGCGGCAGCAGAACCUCUUCUGCGACGUCUCCAUCUACAUCAACGACACGGAGUUCCAGGGGCACAAGGUGAUCUUCGCCGCCUGCUCCACCUUCAUGAGGGACCAGUUCCUGCUCAACCAGUCCCGGCAGGUGCGGAUCACCAUCCUGCAGAGCGCCGAGGUGGGCAGGAAGCUCCUGCUCUCCUGCUACACCGGCGCCCUGGAGGUCAAGAAGAAGGAGCUGCUGAAAUACCUCACGGCCGCCAGUUACCUCCAGAUGGUCCACAUCGUGGAGAAGUGUACGGAGGCUCUGUCCAAGUACCUGGAGAUCGACGCUUCCAUGGAGAACGGCGACCAAGCAGCGGAGAGGUGUCACUCCUCAGACGCUGAACUGAGAAACGGGGAUGAUGUUUUAGAUAAAGAUUGUGAGAUAAUUGAGAUCUCUGAAGACAGCCCCGUGAACGUGGAAUACCCCGUGAAACAGGAGAAGGCGGACGUCUCCCGGCCCGUGGUGCAGAGCUUGAUCUCGGAAAGAAAGGACACAAAAACCCCAGAGAUAUCAACGGUUGAAAUCGGAUAUAAGGACGAUGAAAUCUGUAUCUUCAGAAUGGAUUCUAUGAGCGUAGCAAACAUAGAAAACGAUCAUUUUCCUCAGCCUUGCACAUCCUCUAAAACAAACUUGUAUUUUCCAGAAACCCAGCACUCCUUGAUAAAUUCGACAGUUGAAAGCAGAAAUACAGAAAUGUCAGGAAAUCACUUUCAGACUUUUGUUGGUGACAAUCCAGAAGGAACUUCUAGUGUGAUUAAUGGGUUCCAGAGCCUGGACGACUCCAGCAAUUCGUGGCGGCACCAGUGUCCCAAGUGUCCCAGGGGAUUUCUGCAUCUUGAGAACUAUCUCAGACACCUGAAAAUGCACAAACUCUUCUUGUGUUUGCAGUGUGGCAAAACGUUUACGCAAAAAAAGAAUCUCAACAGACACAUCCGGGGGCACAUGGGCAUCCGCCCCUUCCAGUGCGUGGUGUGCUUGAAGACCUUCACUGCCAAAAGCACGCUCCAGGACCACCUGAACAUACACAGCGGCGACCGGCCCUACAAGUGCCAUUGUUGUGACAUGGACUUCAAACACAAGUCUGCUCUGAAAAAGCACUUAACUUCUGUGCACGGAAGGAGUAGCAGCGAAAAACCAAACCUCAAUGCUAUUACAAAAGUUAAAAUAGACUAUGAUUAACAGAUGGGUGGCUGUGGAGCCAGACUCCACAAAGAGCUAGUGAAAUUCUAGAUCAAAUUCUAGAUACAGCUCCCCUCGUAAUGGAGAGAAGCAGAGAUACGUGAUGUGAUCAAAGCCAGGCCUUGUGAGCAGCAAACCUGCCUGCUGCCUUUAGGCUGCUGUUGCUGUAAGUGCAAACAAGGCGUUUACUACUUGAAAGUAAACUACAAAAUAUGGGAAACUCUUUCAUGCUUCUCUUCUGUUAUCCUGGACACAUUCUGAUUUUCGUCCCCGUGUCCUGUCCUCCCCCAAUUAUGUUUUGCACUCCCUUGUUUCAAGGGCAGGCGCUGCUGAUUUUCAAAGUAUUACUGAUAUUGCAAUAAGCUGAAGCCUGAGCCAUGAUGUUCCUGACCUGUAACGGAUAAGGGAAGGGGAUGGCUGGAUUUAUUCGGCAAGUCAGUCAUUCCCACCCAGUUCAGGUAUCAUUUAUGGUGAAAUCAGCUCCUUGCCCAAACAUUGCUAGAUCUUUCAACAGAAAGAGGCAUGUUUUCAUAGGCAAGUCUGUGAUAUUUAAGAAAGAACACACAACAAACAAAAAAUAAUCAAGGAAGCUUUCAAAUUGCCUUUUGCAAAUAGUUGGUAAAAGAGAAAGAAAAAUAAUUUUCAACAGUAUUGCCUUGCAGUUCAUUUUUAACUGGAUAGUCUCAUCAGAAGGACUUGUGUUCAGUUUUAUGAAUGAGUUCUGAAUUUUUAUAAACUUUUUUCUGAUUUUUUUUCUGCCAUACCAGUGUUUUGCAUCUGUAUUUGACUAAUUCUGAUUAAGUUAGUCCUCUUUGCUGAGUUGUAACAUUUGCCUUCAUUUUUUACAGAUCUUAGACGUGUACGCUAAUGUGAAGAAUCAAGCUGUGUGCUGUUACGUAGUAGCAGUGUCUAUGUUAAUUUUGAAAAACAAUAUAUCUUAUUAGGAACGGCUUAGACAUAGAGGUCUUCUCACGGUCUAAUUCUGUGAUACAGUAAAACAGUAACUGUGUGUUUGGAUAGGUGUGUUUGUGCUCCGUCAAAGGUCAUUUCAGUUUCAUCACAAGCAUCGAGAGCCCUGGAACGCAGAAUAUUUAUCCUAUGCCUGUCUUUGACUGGUGUAUGUUUCUUCCACUUAAUGUGAUAUGAAUAAAGAGUCUAUUCAGUUGUUGUUAUGAGA